AAAAACACAUUAAAUUUGCAUGAUAUUUUGUGUUUAUCUUUUUUUCAUAAUUUUAAACCAAUAAAAUUGAAUUAGAGCAAUUAAGUUUUUUGAAAUUUACAAUUAAUUAAUAAAAUAUGCAUUGAAAAUAUAAAAGAUGGAUCUUAUUGAAACAAUUUUUUUUUUAGAAUAUGUAAUUUUAAGGAACAAAUUCUUUUGUAAUAAUAUGUAAUCGGUCUCGUAAUAUUAAAUAUAUUUGCUUAUGUGGUGUUACAGAAAAAAAUUUGCUUAAUUAUGUGGUUGUGAGAAUAAGAAAAUUCGUAUAUCUGACAGAGUCAUAGCUUUGAUCCAAAUCACCGAAGCCAUAGGCUGAAAAGUAGCCACCAAAUUAAAAAAUUAAAAGAAAUUAGUAAUGAAUUACUUGAAAGUUCUCGAUUAAUUAAAAAUCAACACCCCCACAAAGGUCGUCUUUUUACCUUUUUAGGUUUUUUGGGCAAAAAAAAACUGAUUCAAUCCUUACUACACACCACAAGACUGAGGCAAAGGCAAAAUAUGUACCGAUCCGCAAGCUGGAGCCGCGUGACUGAGGAUUACUCAGUACCUUGGUCUGCGCCGAAGGGAUUAUGGAAAGGCCUAGACGAAGACGAGCCGACUACAUACGACCCUACGAGCCAGGAAGUGACAAAGAAGGAGAAGUCACGUGUCAAAUUUGCUGAAAACGCUGUUCACAUAAUCCCCUUUGUCCUUCUCGCUUGUGCUCUCAUCCUUUGGUUUUUCUCUAACCCAAAUGUAGAUGUUGGGGUAAAAGAGGAAUCAAUUGCGGCUAGGAUCAAAGGAUUAACGAUUGAAGGAGACAUUGACAAUGACAGCGACGGAACUCAGACCGGAUUCUUAGGCACCGCCACAGAAGUGGGAGGUUCAUAUAAGUCGAAGCUAAAACGCGACGUUAAUAAGCGUCAUCGGAGGAUACAAACUUCAAGGAAAGUGGUGAAAGGAUUUUAUUAGUAUUUUUUGGGGGCUAAAAAGGAGUUCCCUACAUUUUAACAACUUAAAUCGAUUUUUAUUUCCUAUUUUCCCGCAUUUUGAUUGAGAUGUGUUACUUUGGUUACGUUUUGCUUUAUACUUUCUCAAAUAAUAUCCACCAGAACUACAUUAAUGAAAAAAAGUCUAAUGAUAAAGAGCUAUUCCGUUGGUCUUA